UCCACCUCUCAUCCAACGAGCCUCCGUGAAAGGGUGUGUGCGUCCUGAAGGUUGUGGAGCCUAUAACAGCGCCGCAGCCCGGAGGAGACGCCACUGAGCCGGAGACUCCGGGACAGACCUCCUCAGCCGGGGCGGAGCCCACCAUCCUCCCUCAGAUCUCAGCCCACCUCCCCUCUCCUCCCGCCCUCCAGCCCCACCACCACCCAAGGUCUUGUCCUCCCGGGCGCGCGGCUGCGAUGCCGCAGAGACGGACAUUCACGUGAAGAAAAAAAGUUGAAGCCUCCCCUCUGGCGCGCGGCAGAAUGCACCGUGUGGCGUCUGUUCAAGGUCAGCCCCGGAGCCCCGCCGCCGCCUCGCGGACCAGUUUCUCGGACAGGAGGAGCCGGAGCGGCGCGGAGGGGAUGCCGCCGUUUCUCACUCGCCUCCAGCAUCAACAAUGACAGCUUCCCCCUCCAGAGGAGGACACCGCCGGCCACUGACACGGGAGAGGCGCCGCUGCGAGGCUGCUUCAGCCUGACUGAGCUCUCCUGGCGUUUCCUGCUUCCCUCCCCUGGCGGCCUGUGUGGGCGUGCGGCUCACCUGGACGCGGACUCGCGCUGCUCGGGCUCGGUGUCUCGGUGACCGCUCGGUUCUGCCCGAAUUAGCCGAACUCACCGCUGAAAGUCGGGAUGUUCCUCUGAAGAGACGAAAACCAGAAGCGACGGCAAAACGUUGCGAAGUUGCCUUCAAGCCAACUUCCUUGAACUUGUUUUGUUUAUAAAUUGGACUUUAUUUUAUUUCUUUCUCCCUACACGUCGCCAUGGCUUCGAGGAGCGGCUGUCACGGCCCGGCCGGGUUCGCCCGGAGCCUCCCGGAGCGGGGGCUGCUCCUGCUCGUGGUGCUGGUGCUCCUGGAGGGCUCCGUGCUUCCCCUCGGAGCCGCCAGCUCUCCGGAUACCAGCCAUCGGGAAAAGCCCGACGGACACAGCGUGGCGGCCGAGCCGCAUAACAUCACUAAAAAGCCUUUCCCCGUGCUGAGCAUCGACUACACGCACAUCCAGACCCCCUUCGAGAUCUCCUUGUGGGUGCUCCUGGCCUCUUUGAUGAAACUAGGCUUCCAUCUGAUUCCUCGUCUCUCCGGCAUCGUGCCAGAGAGCUGCCUGCUGAUUGUGGUGGGCCUGCUGGUCGGUGGGCUCAUCAGACUCGCUGGAGAGAAGGUCCCACCGGUGCUGGACUCCAGGCUGUUCUUCCUCUGCCUGCUGCCCCCCAUCAUCCUCGAUGCCGGCUACUUCCUGCCCAUCCGCCCCUUCAUGGAGAACAUGGGGACGAUCCUGAUGUUCGCCGUCGUGGGGACUCUGUGGAACGCCUUCUUCGUCGGGGGCUUGCUGUACGCGGUGUGUCAGAUCCAGCCGGACAACCCGUCGAUACUCCACCAGCUGGAGCUUCUGCCCUGCCUGCUGUUUGGCUCCAUCAUCUCGGCCGUGGACCCCGUCGCUGUGCUCGCCGUGUUCGAGGAGAUCCACAUUAAUGAGCUGCUGCACAUCCUGGUGUUUGGUGAAUCACUGCUCAAUGAUGCUGUGACUGUGGUGCUGUACCACCUCUUCGAGGAGUUUGCCGGAGCUGGCACGGUGACGGUGCUGGACGGGUUCCUGGGAGUCAUCUCCUUCCUCGUGGUUUCGCUGGGUGGCGUUCUAGUGGGAGCUAUCUAUGGCAUCUUGGCUGCCUUCACCUCCCGCUUCACCUCCCACACGCGUGUCAUCGAGCCCCUGUUUGUCUUCGUGUACAGCUACAUGGCCUACCUGUCAGCCGAGAUGUUCCACCUCUCUGGCAUCAUGGCGCUAAUAGCAUGCGGAGCUGUGAUGCGACCCUACGUGGAAGCUAACAUAUCCCACAAGUCCCACACCACCAUCAAGUACUUCCUGAAAAUGUGGAGCAGCGUCAGCGAGACGCUGAUCUUCAUCUUUCUGGGCGUCGCCACGGUGGACGGCCCUCACUCCUGGAACUGGACCUUCGUCUCUGUCACGGUCAUUCUGUGUCUGGUUGCACGGGUAAUAGGCGUGGUGGGUCUGACCUACAUCAUCAACAAGUUCCGCAUCGUUAAGCUGACCACCAAGGAUCAGUUCAUUGUGGCCUACGGCGGCCUGCGAGGAGCCAUCGCCUUCUCCCUUUGCUACCUGCUGGACAAGGACCACUUUCCAUUGAGGGAGCUGUUCCUUACUGCCAUCAUCACUGUUAUCUUCUUCACUGUCUUUGUUCAGGGCAUGACCAUCAAACCUUUAGUGGAGCUGCUGGCAGUAAAGAAGAAACAGGAGGCCAAACGCUCAAUAAAUGAGGAGAUCCACACCCAGUUCCUGGACCACUUGUUGACUGGGAUUGAAGAUAUCUGUGGGCACUAUGGACACCACCACUGGAAGGACAAGCUGAACCGCUUCAACAAGAAGUAUGUGAAGAAGUGCCUGAUUGCCGGCGAGCGCUCCAAGGAGCCACAGCUCAUUGCCUUCUACCACAAGAUGGAGAUGAAACAGGCCAUUGAGCUGGUGGAGAGCGGGGGAGGAGUCAAGCUUCCGUCUGCGAUGCCAUCCACGGUUUCCAUGCAGAAUAUUCAGCCCAAGAAGCCUCCUCCUGCCAAGCCCGUCGAGAGAGCACUCCCUCAGCUGCCCAAAGGCCGAGAAGAGGAGAUCAGGAAAAUCCUCCGGAGUAACCUUCAGAGGACACGACAGAGGCUGCGCUCCUACAACAGACACACUCUGGUGGCCGAUCCUUAUGAGGAUGGAUUCAGCGACUUACUUCUCAAGAAGCAGAGGAUGAUUGAGCUGGAGAAGAAGAUAAAAGAGAUGAAUAACUACCUGACAGUGCCUGCUGCUCCCCCUGAUUCGCCCACCAUGUGUCGAGCCAGACUGGCCUCAGGAAAAGGUACUGAUUUCAAACCUGCUCAGCAGCAAAAAGGAAGCAAAAUCUCUUCAGACCCUCAGGCCUACAGCGUGAAGCCGGCGGCAGACAACGUACCGACCAUCCAGGUGGACCUGGCCUCUCCUCAGUCUCCGGACUCCGUCAACCUCCUGGAUGAGUUCCGGCGGGCCGAGCAGGAGGACCAGGGCCUGGUGAUGGUGCCGCCGCCGCCAUCGGCGCCCGGCAGACCCGGCGGCAAGCCGGGCGGCGCCGAUGACGCCCGGGAUCAGCAGAAGCUAAUGCGGUGUCUGAGCGACCCCGGCCCCAGCGCGGACGAGGAAGAGGACGAGCCCUUCCUGCCCUGAGAGGGCGGAGCGGGUGUCGAGGAGUCGGGCUGCUUUCCCACCUUCACUCGCUACAGCGGAACGGGCUGCCUCACCGCUCACAAACCCAACAAGCCAAAACUGCAAAUGCUGUAUGAACCAGGAGCUAAAAGCUGAAGGAGAUUAUCCGAAACAGAGGAAAAAAAAAAAAGAGCCAUCACCGUGUUGUUGUCAUUGCUCUUUAUUUUUUCAGACAGGAGUGAAACAGCAACUGCUGGAACUGACUUUACAGUCGGAAAGUCUGAGACAUUCAGCAAAGAACUAUGCAUUACCAAAGGUUUGGACUGUUUUAGUGUUAGGAGAUGUGAUAUUUACGUUGUCUUACCGUUUAAUUUUCUCUUUUUAAUGACAGCAUGGUUGAUUUUCUCAUUUGUUUCAACAACUUCACAUAUCCAGCCAACAAAACGAGCCACUUCAGUCCCGUUUAUCCUUUCAAACACUCAAGUCUGAUUGUCCGGUUUGUCACUUGAAAGUGCUGGAUACCCAAACACUUAGAUUGUAGCUAAUUUAAGAUAUUCUUGCCUUAUUUGAUGUCAAACUUUUUCACUUGUGUCUUAUUUUAAAUCAACAUAUAUUGACAUUUCUUGAGGGCAGGAAAGUCGGUUUGGUCUGAGUUUGCUCUGGUGUUUGUGGAAUAUAGAUUAAAAGAUAAAUUUAUUUUAUCUUCCAUGUAGAAGAAUCACAACUGGCUGAGGAUGGAGGGAUGUGGACCUCGAGAAAAAAAGAUGUUACAACUCAGAAACUGAAUGUCUGGGGAGUUUAUCAUGAGCCGUGACGUCGCGCGGAUGUGUCCCGCCUCCAUCCCAGUUAAUUCACACGUCUUUUAUCACCUUUCUCUGUAAAUAUGAGGAAAACCACCCUUUAAAGUUGAUAAAGACGACCCUGUUGAUUUUUAAGUAUUCAACAAGUGCCCCUCAGCAGACACAUUGAAACCACUGACAUUCUGACUGGAUUUUAAAAAAUCACAAGAUUCAGUCUUUUACGUGCUUAUUUGUGUUGUUCUGUUCAUAAGAGGCAGUUCUUCCUUCAGUUACUGUCGAGGGACUGGCAGCGAAGGUCAGCUGGUACAGGAACACCUGGAUCUUUACCUGAAAUCAAACACUGUAGGCAUGACUGGGCAAAAAAAACAAGAAACAAAAAAAUAUAUAUAUAAUUCUAUGCAACUUAAAUGUGUAAAAUAUGUAGAAUAAUUCUAAUAUCCAGUAUUUAUGAAUACCCUUUGGAAGACUUAAUCAUCAAGACAUGCAGAAUGCAACACUGACGCAAAUCACAGCUAAACUCGCGGCUAGAAUCGAACCAGGGCAUUAAGGCGAACCGUACCGCAGCAAAAUCACCUGAAAACUCAGUCAAAUACUGAACUGGAGCUGUACAGCGUGUAUGAUAGCCACCGAAGAUUAUGUUGCAUGUCUUUUGUACACAGCUACGCAGUGAACUGGUAUAUAGAUGAUUGAAAUGGUCGAUGUGUUGAUGUAAGAACUUCAUCUUUCUUCUUUUUUUUUUUUUCUCUCAUUUGAUCAUGAAGAACACCCACCACCGUGUCGCAGGUGCUCAGUCAACAACCGCUCAGUUUUAAACCCACAAGCAUUUUCUGUCUGAGAACAAAAAAAACAAAAACAGAAGGCGACCUGCCUCUGGAGAGCGGAGUUAGUCUUUGAAACCGAGUCUGACGGAGUGAGUCACUGUUCCAGUUUUCUGGCUGUUUUCUAGGUGUUAGUGACGGCCGGAUCCUUCCUGAUCCUCUUAGCGCUCGGAGGACUCGCCUUACAGCUGAGGGGAAAGCGCAGAACAAGUUCCCGACAGACCGGAGUCUUUCCUCCGCUCUUCUUCUCUUAGGCGUCUGUAAAUGAUUUGCUGUGGCUGCGAAGGUUCCGUGCACACGUUCAUGUUAACCGGUGUGCACGACACGUUAUACUUUGAUACAGAGAUUUGAAAAGAAAUUCUGAAAAUGUAAACGAAUAUGGCAACUGAUGAAAGGAUGAUUCCUUCAUCAGGUUGCCUUUAAUUGGGUUAAAGGAAUGUUUUAAAGCAGCGAUGAUCAAACCUUUUUGCAACCCAGAAAAGGAUGAGCACAUCAGAAAAUGAACGAAUGAAUGAACUUUACAAAUAAAACUUCAUUCUGUCUUUGCAGCCGGGCACCAAAUGAUCCACGGAUCUGUACCAGUCCACGCCACGUUUUAAAGUGUAGUUCUUACCGCCACUGUGGGGCGCCAGAGAGCUUCAGCAGCAGGAAAAACCUCAAUCAAGAGGAAGUCUUACCUGUAUGAUGUUUCCUUCUUCCCUUUAAAACAAAUAAUUGGAGAGUAAAACUAGCAUUUAUUCAAUCAAAACACACAUUUUCAGAACAGAAUUUAUUCCCCACAGCUCUGCUGUUUGAACAAUCUCCCAGGAUUCCUUUAUAAUUUGCACACUCCUGAACCUGCAAAUGUUUGUACCCUUUAACACUCUGCUGCAGGAGAUGUCGGGACGUUUGCAGCAGUCAAUGCACGUGUGAUUUAUUUCUGCCUGUGAAAUGUUCCACUCUGUGAAUGAGCGGCUCUCAGAGCGUGUGUGUGUUCCCGACUCAAGAGUCUGAGUAUAUUUUUAUGUCGGAACGAUAACAGGAGUGAAUGUGUUCAGGUAAAGGGAAGCCAAAAGGUUUGUUUUGUCCUUAAAUUAACUGUUGCCAUUUCUCUGAUUAUUUCACAUUAUUCCAAAGAGUUCUGAAAG